GACACAUGCGGGUCUCUGGCACUGCACAGGCGUAUUCCUUCAGCUCCUGGAGUUGUUACAUAUAUACACACAUAUAUAAAUGUAUGUGCUGAAGAGGACACACUCUGCUGGGACGCAUCGUUGGGGGUGAGGGAUUCUUUCCGAUCUAAAAGUAUUACAGUCGGAUGGACGAUCUAACGACAGCCACGACUGUCCGCUCUGCUGGAGGGGAUGUUUUUGUGAGUGCAGGAGCGUCAGGUGAGAGAACCGCAUCAGGAGGCUCUAGCAGCACAGUUAUGUUCACGUCCAGCAGCUCCUCUAGACCAGGAGGCCUCGGCAUCUCAACUCUGGGAGCCUCCUCUGCUGUGUCCUCCGGUGGAGGGAGGUCAGCAGCCUCGGGGGGCUCAGGGGCAGUGUUCAGGGCCCACGGAGGAGGGUCCUCCAGCAUGUCCUCCAGCAUGUCCUCCAGCAUGUCCUCUGGUGUCACGAGCGGAGGCAGAGAAGGAAAAGGGGAUGGGGGUCUAGGUGCGGUGACGGGUUCAACGGUGACCAAGGCCAGCUAUGGCCCGGGAGGAUCUGGGGAAGCGAGGAGAGGAUCGUCUUCCGCUGUCUCUCAUUCACCUGCUCCGAAAGAGAGGAAGAGCAUGAGCACCAGCAUGGCAGCGGCUCUCUCAGAUGUCUUUUACGAGAGUUCAAGCACAAACUCCUCUCCAGAGUACAACAGGAAGGAGUACGGCUCUUCAAGCGCAACUUCCAGUUGUGCGACCAGAGGGAGAACUCAGAGCAGAGAGAGUGAGAUCAGAGCCCGGCUGCAGAGCGCCUCUCCCCCAGCGAGCUGGUCGGAGCUGGACGACGUGAAGCGCCUGCUGAGAGGAAACCGCUCCGCCGGCACGGGCCCCACGCCGUCCUCUAACAACACGCUGCCCAUCCCCAAGAAGGCCAGCGUGGACACCAGGGCCAUGUCGGAGAGCUGCAGCGCAGACCACUACGGCAGCAUUUGGUCCGGAGGCGUGAGCAGUAGCUACAGUUACAACACCAACCCCAACAACCUGUCCUCCUCCUCCACCCUUCCCCCGUCAGGCGUUCAGAACAACCUGACACUCAGCUCCUCCUCCAUGAACGAUGGACCAUCUGCUGGCAGCACUGGUCCUGUGUACGGUGUUCAGAAUAACCUGGCCGGCACCGGUCCGAUGGACCUCUCUCCAGCUGGAACCAACACACACAUAGUUUACGGGGUGCAGAAAAACGUGCCUGGCACCGGGAUGGGCACCACUACAGUGAGACCCAGCAGUGACGACGCCUCGGGCAGAGACUUUAAGUUUGUGCUGAUAGAGAAGGACAACGUUGCCGCUAGGAAGGAGGCAGAGCGGCUGGUGAUGACCAAAGACACGGGGAAGCAGUUCAUGUCUGCUGCCCCUGCUCAUGCUUCUGCUGCCUACUCUGGGAAGAGAGAGAAGCAGGGGCUGUCAUCCAGCAGAGUGGAGGCAGGAACGGAUGCUCAAUCUGCAACGCAAAAAGUUGCCACAAAAGACAAAGCCACCUAUGCAGAGAUCGGUAAGGAAGAGUCCCCCUUCAGCUUCUGGUCCUGCUGCAGCUGGUGGAAGUGGCUGCUCGGCCUCCUGCUCAGCCUGCUCCUCCUCCUCGGCCUCCUCUUUGGACUCAUCGCUUUGGGUGAGGAGGUGAAACGGCUAAAGAAGCGCGUUGACGCUCUGGAGGCCAUCACCGGCACCGCGUCAGCCAGGUCCAGCCGACUGUCGGCCUCCUCCGGCAUCAACAUGGUCGACCCUCUGGACGCGUCAUACAUCGGCAGCAGCUCCUCCGGGUCCACCCUGACCCGCUCCGGCAACGGAAUCAACCUGGGGGCUGCUGGGCCCGGGGGAGGUGCAGGGAGCGGACCGGGACAGGAGGGCGCUGCCCUGCAGAGAGCCGUGCAGCAGCUGGUCAGGGCGGAACUCCUCUCGGAUGCUGUGAGAGAUACACUUGCAUACUCAAUAAAAGGACAGAGAGGAGAUCCAGGACCUCAAGGGGAUCCAGGGCUGCUAGGACAAAAAGGUGAUAGCGGAUUUCCUGGCCUGCCAGGACCCCCUGGGCAGAUGGGACACCCAGGAUUGGAUGGACCGAGAGGACCAAAGGGAAGCGAAGGUGAACCAGGUUCUGGGGGACCCCCAGGUCAGAGGGGCCGUGACGGGCCGAUGGGCCCCCGUGGAGAGGCUGGACCGCCAGGCUUUGGAGAGAAAGGAGACAAAGGAUCUCAAGGCGAGGCAGGACGUCCAGGUCCUGCUGGUGCUGCUGGUCCUGUGGGGCCGAAAGGAGCCAUGGGAGAGCAGGGUACCUCAGGAAGCCUCGGGGCUCCAGGUCCAAAGGGUUUCCAGGGCGAAGCAGGAGCACCAGGAGAUAACGGUGAUCGAGGAACACCGGGGCUGACGGGAACCAAAGGAGAACCGGGAGAGAGGGGACCACGUGGGCCAGCAGGUGAACCUGGACAACCAGGACCACAAGGACCUGCUGGACCAAAGGGAUCUAAAGGAAUUUCAGGUGACACGGGUUCGAUGGGACUUCCUGGACUGAGGGGACAGCCUGGACUGGGAGAUGUUGGUCCCCCAGGGCAACCAGGAUCACCUGGUAAAGUCAUCGCUCCCAUUGGCUCCAAUACUGUGGCCAUCCCCGGACCUCCAGGGCCUGCUGGGCCUCCAGGUCCUGCUGGAACCCAUGGUCUGUCUGGACCCAUUGGCCCCGCUGGUGUCCCAGGACAACCUGGCCUUAAGGGAGAACAAGGAGAGAAAGGAGAAAAGGGACAGCCAGGAAAACCUGCUGAGUCUGGGAGUAUCGUGAGGCCAGAAACUGGCAAUGCUACCCAAACUGACAGACUUUCUUCAGCGGUUAGACUGCCCGGCCCACCUGGACCUCCAGGGCCUCCUGGAGCAGCUGGUGCGCAAGGCCCUCCUGGUGAAAUUAAACAGGGACCUCCAGGACGCAGUGGUCCUGCAGGAGAGCCAGGAGUUGGUUUACCUGGACCUCGAGGAGAGCCUGGCAGCUUUGUGCCGACCUCAGAAACCUUUUUUGCUGGACCACCAGGACCCCCCGGCCCAGCAGGCACCCAAGGACCCCAGGGGUACCAAGGUGAACCAGGUCAACCAGGUCUUCCAGGGAGUCCAGGGCAGCAUGCUGUUGGUUUCCCAGGCCAGCCUGGACCCAGGGGGCCUGAGGGGCCACCAGGCCCAGAAGGACCACAAGGACCUAACGGUUAUGCAGGAGUCCCUGUGUUCUCCAAUGGUGGCUCGUUCAGUCCUGGAGCCCCAGGCCUACCUGGACCACCUGGACCACCUGGAAGAGAUGGAAGUGGAUCUGGAUCAGCGGAGGUGGGCCAGUACAUAGCAGAGUACCUUCAGAGUUUCCCAGGUCAGCCUGGACCCAGGGGGUCUCAGGGUCCACCGGGCCCAGAGGGCCCACAAGGACCCAAAGUUCAAGAUAAGACAGCUGGAGGCCGAGGCAGAGACCAGCACAGCAACAGAGCACACAAUGACAUGUUACUGUUCCUUACAGGCGACGCAGGAGCACCCAGGGCCUCCAAUGGUGGAUCGUUCAGUCCUGGAGCCCCAGGCCUACCUGGACCACCUGGACCACCUGGAAGAGAUGGAAGUGGAUCUGGAUCAAGGGAUGUGGGCCAGUACAUAGCAGAGUACCUUCAGAGAGGCGACAUCAGGCAGUACCUGGCUGGACCUCCUGGUCCUCCCGGUCCACCAGGGGCCACAGGGACUGCAGGGGACAGGCUGGUGGAUGAUUUGGCCAAUCAAGUUAUCGCCUACAUCCAGAGGUCAGGUAGAGGAUAUGAUGGGACUCCUGGCCCUGCUGGCCCUCCAGGUCCACCUGGCACUAUCUCUGUCAAUGACGUUAUCAACUUAUUACAACGAGAGGACGUGAGGAGAUACGUUGGUGGUACUGCUGGACCCCCAGGACCUCCUGGAGCUCCAGGCCACGGCAGCUAUGGAUUCAACACUCAGGAUGUGGCGGACCGUGUCCUUGCCCUCAUGAAUGAGAGGGGGGUGGUUGGUGUCCCUGGACCACGUGGGCUUCCGGGGCCUCCUGGAAACGUGUUAUCAAGUGGAUACCAAGCAGUUCCUCAGAGGCUUCCUGGUUCCCCUGGUAUCCCUGGCCCACAAGGUCCACCUGGCCCAGCCGGUCCACCAGGAUUUGGGGCCGACAUCAGCUCAGACAUGCGUGACUACCUGCAAAGUGCUGCCCUCAGAGGCCUACCAGGCCCCCCUGGUCCCCCUGGACCCGAGGGCAGCCCUGGUCGAAUCCACGGCCUGGUGACCCAUGCGGAGCAUGCCAACAGAGAGAUGCUGAAAGCAGAACAACAAUAUUAUCUCAAGAGUGACGGUGUGAGAGAAGCUAUGUUUGGACUUCCUGGGACGCCAGGACCUCCUGGACCCCAAGGACACAAGGGAGAGCCAGGUGUACCUAGCGCCAGAGACUGGAACCUGGAUACUGGAGACUACUCCAAUAUGGCUGUCAAAGUAACUGAUUAUAUCAAAUCCCGCGGCCUUCUGCACGACAUCGUGAGGGAACACAACAGUCGUGUUUUCCAAGGACCUCCGGGACCGCCUGGCCCCGCAGGUCCCCCUGGAUACAGCCGGUGGUUUGGUUCCAAUGGAAAUGCCACCGAUCUGCUGGGUUACAUCAAAUCUCACGGUCUGCUGCGUGACGUCGAUCGGAACCACAAUGAACGGGCCAUCCAGGGCCCGCCGGGACCACCUGGCCCACCCGGUCACCCCGGAAACAGCCGACUGUUUGGUUCCCACGCAAAUGUCACUGAUUUAGUGGAAUACAUCAAAACACAUGGAGCCAUUGUAGGGUUGCUGGGGAGACCAGGACACAAAGGGGACACGGGAUACCCGGGGCCAAAAGGAGAGAGAGGUGAACGAGGUCGUCCUGGGCUAGAAGGACACAUGGGACAGAAAGGCGACAGAGGAGACUUCAACCUGACGACCAACCGAAGGAGGGACGUCGGCACUUGAGUCACGCUACUGAACGAUGGACCUCAAGAGACAAUCCUGUUUUAUAUGGAGGUCGUAUGGAGGUCGUGUGUAAAGAAAACCAGAGUUUAUUAAUACAAGCUGGUUUUUGAUCCACUGCAUCCUUCAUUU